CGCCCCCUAUGGAAGAUUGUAGUAUCUGUUGUAUUUUAGCAACUUUGAUACAGAUUUAGGCUAGUAUUAGUAUUACAAGUGUAUGUAACAUUGUAAGACUAAGAACAGAAAGUAAAUGAAAUGGCUUCGGACGACAAAAAAGGUUCAAAUAAAUCCGAGAAGGGAAAACGUCUUACUCAAGAACAGAUAGUUUAUGGCUUUAACCAGCUUCGUCAAGAACAAAGAAAUAUAGUAUCGAAAUUAGCGGAGCUGGAAAUGGACUUAAAUGAACACAGGCUGGUUGCAGAUGCAUUAAAAGAAGUAGAUGGGGAUAGAAGGUGCUUUAGAAUGGUGGGAGGAGUUCUUGUUGAGAGAAAUGUUAAACAAGUUUUUCCUGCUAUACUUAAUAACAAAGAACAGCUUUCCAAAGUAGUAGAUGCUCUAAAUCAAAAGGUCACAGCUAAAGGACAAGAGAUUAAUGAGUAUCGAGAAAAAUAUAAUAUCCAAGUUCGCGGUGAGCCUGUUUCUUUACCUUCUCCAGCUAAACCAUCAGAGCAACAGCAGUCACAAACCUCUGGCGUGUUGGUUGAAAACAAAACCUAAAGAUUAUUAAUGACUAUGUAGUGAUUAGAUUAAUCUGUUUAACAGUCAAAACUAUUUGGUAUUAAUCUUAUUGUGUAAGCUAACACAUGUGUUGUCUGUUUUAUACUUUUUUCAUGUAAAACUAUAUUGGACAGAAUGAGUUUGAAUUUUUUUGGUUAAAGUUUUUGGAAGACCUUAGAUACAUAAUGUCUCUCAUGCUUUGUAAUAAUUAUCAUAGUACUCAUAAAAGUGAAUAAGCUGUUAUUAAAUUACUAAAUCUGGGGCAUGGAUGCUGUACUAUUUCUUGCAUAUGACAGUACAACUGGCAAUGCACUGUAUAAUGUUUUUGUCAGCUCUAGUGCUAGUUUUAAUCAUCCCUGAAGCACUUGUACCAUACCAUUUUAACAAAUAAAAUAUAUCUUUAACAACAAUGUUUAUUCAUGACAUAUGCUUCAUAUCUUUAGCAAGCUCUCUCUUCUGCCACAGAAGGUUGUAUGCAUAUAUAACUGGAACCUUGUUUUUACUAAUGAAAUGUACCUUUUGAAUAUUUUGCACAGUUUGUCCAACUUAUUUUGUUAGUUUCUGAGACAGUGACAAGUGUUAAACAUCUACUUUUCUUUCUUGUUUCAUAAUAGCCUUUGUUUUGACUAUUUAAUUUCCAUGUUUUUGAUUUGCCAAUUCAAAAAAUGCUCAUUUGUUAAGAGCACAGGUCAUGACCUCUGAAACAUGUUUUUAUAAAAACUGUUGUUCCACUUUGAACCAUUAUCUGCAAAUAAAUUUGUGUAUUAGCAUGAGCAUCUACUAUUGAAUCUUGUUACUUGUAUUGUCCACAUUUAAAAGUUACCUUGAAAUGAUCAUUCCAAGGUUAUUUCAGAUUGUCCAGCCUAAAAAAAAGCAGUUGUGUAAUAAAUGUUUCUUGCUAGUGUUCAUCACAUGAUAAUUUGAGAUUUUGAUUUGUCAACAUCAGUUGUUGAUUCUGAUUUCUUAAUUCAGUGAGAGUGUUCAACAAGACUACUCAUUUGCUUGAUUCUGUAUUACUUUUAAAAUGAUGAAAAUUUAAUAAAUAUCUCUACAGCCUCAUUAA